UACUAAAUUACCAUGCUGACAAGUGUUACUACUUUUAUGUUUUCAGAUCUGUAGAUGAAGACAGAAAAAUAGAGUACAAAGCUGCUGUCAAAAUCCAGAGCUGGUUUCGAGGAUGCGAAGUCCGAGCCUAUCUGAGAUAUCUGAACAAAAUGGUGAUUUUUAUACAGAAGUGGUGGAGAGGUUAUCGAAGCAGAAGAAACUUCAGAAAAAUGGUGGAGACAGCAUAUUUUAUUAUGAAGAUGAAUUUCUACAAUGAAAUGGCUGUCAGGAUUCAGAAAAGAUGGAGAGGCUAUUAUGUUCGGAAAUAUAUCCAUAAUUAUUAUGCACUGAAGAAAUACCUGGAAGCCAUUUCUGUGAAUAACGAGAUUGUCAGGAUUGAACUCCAAGAGUACACAGAAAUGAAGGAAAAUGAAGAGAAAAGGAAAGACUUAGAAAAGAAAGAAAAGGAAAAGAAAUACCAAGCCCGAAAGAUGCAUUACCUCCUUAGCACUGAACAGGUUGGUAUACCUGUCCCUGACAGCUCAUGCAAACCACUUGGGCCCCCAGCCUGA